ACCCACAAACAACCCACCAAGCAAUCUCCCCACCGCCUUGCGGACCUUGUUCCUCCCCCACUCAACCACCCUCCACGCCUUGUCAAAGGAAGAGUGGAAAAAAAAAAGAAAGAACAAAACUGCUGAUUGCGAGACGCCACUGUCAUCAUGGUGCGCAAUAUUGUUGUUCUGGGCGGCAGCAGCCAUCCUCAAUUGACCCAGCAAAUCUGCGACCAUCUGGGAAUCCCCCCCGCCAAACGACUUCUUACCAAGUUCGCUGUGGGAGAAACCAGAGUCGAAAUUGGCGAAUCUGUGCGCGGCAAGGAUGUUUUCAUUGUGCAGAGCGGCGCGGGGACAGUCAAUGACAACUUGAUGGAGCUGUUGAUCUGCAUCUCUGCCUGCCGAACUGCCUCCGCAAAGCGUGUCACCGCCGUCCUCCCCUUGUUCCCCUACUCUCGCCAGAGCGAUAUCCCGUAUAACAAGACCGGUGCCCCUCUCGCCAAAGUCCCCACCCAGACACACAGCCGCCAAGGCACCUUCACAUUCGAGAGCGUGCCCCAGACACCACACCCGGGUCAGAGUGCAAGUGCGGGACUGCCCAAUGGCACCGCUUCUCUGGACAGGCAAUUGGAGCGCAUCAAGCUCACCCAAGAUCGAGGCGGCAUUGCCCAGCCCAUCAGUCCCAUCAAGCGCUCCGACACUCUCGACUCCAAGAAAUCCGAAAACGGCGACAAGGGCUACUUUGCGAUCAACGGCGUCAACAACAACGCUAGAGUGCCGGUCAAGCUCCCGCCAUUUGAACCGCAGCCCGGUUACAAGCAAUGGGUUGCACAGGCCGGGACUUUGAUUGCUGAUCUCCUCACCUGCGCUGGCGCAGAUCACGUCAUCACUAUGGAUUUGCACGAUCCUCAGUACCAGGGUUUCUUUGACAUCCCAGUAGACAAUUUGUACGGCCGCCACAUGCUGCGCAAAUACAUACAAUUGAUCCCCGAUCAUCAACAAGCCGUGGUCGUGAGUCCAGACGCAGGAGGAGCAAAGAGAGCCACGGCGAUUGCUGAUGCCUUGGGCAUGCCAUUCGCUCUCAUCCACAAGGAGAGACGCCCCACCCAGAUCAACGACCGCCAGAACGCGACCAUGAUGUUGGUAGGAGAAGUCAAGGAUCGACAGUGCUUCCUCAUUGAUGACUUGGCGGAUACCUCCAACACCAUCACUCGAGCUGCGAAACUCUUGAAGAAAGAAGGUGCCAAGAACGUGGUAGCUCUCAUCACACACGGAAUCCUGAGCGGCGAUGCCAUAGACCGCAUCAACGCAAGCGCUUUGGACAAAGUGGUUGUGACGAACACAGUACCUCAAGAGGACCACAAAAAGAGGUGCCCCAAGCUAGAGGUCCUGGAUGUGGGCAAAGUCUUUGCGGAGGCAAUCCGACGUGUGCACCAUGGCGAGAGUAUCAGCGUACUUUUUGAUUACAACUAG